AUGGAAGAUAUCACUGUUGAGCUCACUGCGCCUAACGGGCAGAAGUGGACUCAGCCAACCGGCCUUUUCAUCAAUAACGAAUUCGUGCCCUCAUCUACCGGCCAAACUAUUCCUGCUAUUGACCCGGCUACAGAAGAAGAGAUUGCGUCAGUCCACGCAGCCAGCGCAGAUGAUGUCGAUAAGGCGGUGAAAGCUGCUGCUGCGGCGCUGAAGAACCCCGCCUGGAAAAGCCUAUCGGCAUCGGACAGGGGCGUCCUCAUGGCCCGUCUCGCCGACCUGAUGGAAUCGAAUAAGGAGCUGCUAGCGACCAUCGAUGCUUGGGACAAUGGCAAGACUUACACCGAGGCAUUGACGAACGACCUUGUGGAGGCUGUAGGUGUUAUCCGCUACUACAGUGGCUGGUGUGACAAGAUUUUCGGCCAGACCAUCGCUCUGCCAAACAAGUUUGCCUACACUAUCCGGCAACCCAUUGGUGUCGUGGGUCAGAUCAUCCCAUGGAACUACCCUCUUUCCAUGGCGACAUGGAAGCUCGGGCCUGCUCUAGCCUGCGGGAACACAGUAGUUCUCAAGGCUGCCGAGCAAACCCCGUUGAGCAUUCUCGUCCUCGGCCGUCUCGUCAAGGAAGCCGGCUUCCCCCCCGGCGUUGUAAACUUCAUCAACGGCCUGGGUAAGGAUGCCGGUGCCGCCCUCGUCCAGCACCCGCUGGUGGAUAAGGUUGCUUUCACGGGAUCAACCGGGACCGCAACAAACAUCAUGAAGAUGGCCUCGGCGACGUUGAAGAAUGUUACUCUCGAGACCGGCGGAAAGUCGCCGCUGCUAGUCUUCAACGACGCAGACCUCGAGCAAGCCGUCAAGUGGGCACACCUCGGCAUCAUGUCCAACCAGGGCCAAAUCUGUACAGCCACAUCGCGGAUCCUUGUCCAGAAAGAUAUCUACGAAACCUUUAUUGUUCAGUUCAUCGAAGAGAUCCACAAGACGAGCAAGGUAGGCAAUCAAUGGGACUUGGAGACCUACCAGGGCCCGCAAGUCUCGAAGCAGCAAUACGACCGAGUCUUGGCCUAUAUCCAAGCCGGCCGCGACGAGGGCGCGACGGUCAAGACCGGAGGUGAGAGGCCGGCGCACCUCGGCAAGGGGUACUAUGUUUCCCCAACAGUAUUCACGGACGUCAAGAGUGACAUGAGGAUCUGGCGCGAAGAGAUCUUUGGGCCCGUUGUCGUGAUCCAAGAAUUUGGCGAAGAGGCUGAGGCGAUCGAGAUCGCCAACGACAGUGUCUAUGGUCUAGGUGCCGCCGUCUUCACAACGAACCUGGAGAGGGCACACCGCGUGGCCUCUGAGAUCGAGUCAGGUAUGGUGUGGAUAAAUAGUAGCCAAGACUGCGACCCUAGGGUUCCCUUUGGUGGUGUGAAGCAGAGCGGCAUUGGAAGGGAGCUUGGUGAGGCGGGUCUCGAGGCGUAUAGCCAGAUCAAGGCGGUUCAUGUAAACAUGGGCAAUAAGCUGUGA